UGGGUUUUUUAUAGCAUUCAAAAUAUAUAUUUUAUAUGAGACGUAGUAUUUGUUUAUCUAGUGCGCCACGACCUUCGAGCAUAUUCCAGCCGAAAAGGCUGUAUUCGCUUGCAUCCGAUUCAUUAAAUAAGAACCCGGAAAAGCCUAAAGAAGGACGUUUAGCUCGUGUCUUUAAAGAUCCUGCUGGAAAGUCGUGGAAGGAUCUCAGUGCUCCUCAAAAAGCUUACCGUACUUCUGCAAACUUUGGAAAUUUGUCAAUUGUUGUCUUCGGAGGAGGUGUGUUUGGAUUAAUCGUUUAUGCUUUGGUUACCAGCUUAUGGUCAGGUGAAGCCCAUUAUGGUGAUGAGGCAUUUGAUUUAUUGAAAAACAACCCAGAAUGCCAAUAUGUUUUUGGUGACGAAAUGAAGGCUAUAGGUGAGGCUAGUCAUCCUUUAAGAAGAACUCAUGGUAUUUUGACAAGCCGAGUUUGGGACCAUAAGGGCAUUGAACACCUGGUCUUGCAAUUUCAUUUGAUUGGAAAUGGUCAUAAGGGCCAUGUAUUUGGACGACUCGCGAAUAACGGAAAGGACUACGUCUGGGAAUACCUAUAUGUUGACGUUGCUAAUUAUGGAAAUAUUAUUCUGUUUGAUAAAACAAGAUCUAUAAGACACCAAAACAAGAACUUGGGUCUUUGGGGAAGCUUAAAAAACGUCAGCUGGGGUAAGUAAACAAAACAUUACCUGACUUUAACUUAAAGGAUUGCUCUAAAAAUUUUUCUUACCGAAAAUGAGAGUAUUCUGAAAAUCUUUUGGUGUUGAAGGGAUACAUGAAGCAGACAUGGCUAUGUGGAAGAUUUCAUGAUGACUUCAAGUGUACUAUCAAAUUUUGCUAGAGAAGUUCCCAUCUAGGAUUAAUAAAUAACAAAAAAACCAAUGAAAUAAGAGUGCCACUGACCUUCAGCUAAUACGAAAGCUAACCAUCGAAGUACUUUGCAGUCUUCCAUGGUUUUGGUGUUGAUAAUAUUCCCAUAAUCAAUCUAUUUUGAAAACUCUAUAUUGAAACAGAAGAAAAGCUAGUAAUUAUUCAUUUUACAUUUAUAGAAAAGAUCA